AUGAGAGGUCGUAGAAGGAGACGAGGAGCUGGAAGCUGCAGGAAAUUCCUGAAUUCCACUCUGGGCAUGACAACAGAAAAUAAAGGCAAGGAAGAUAUUCAGGAUAAAGGUGGAGCUCGGCCUUACUCUCAGACUCUAAGGUGUAAAUUGCAGGCCAGGAGGAGAGGAGGAGGACGGGGGAAGGCACUGCAUGGAUGGAAGGAGGACAGACAUCUCAGAUCACAACCCAGUUCUCAGCAACCAUGGAAGAAUAUAGAGGACAUGAAAACCGAGGAUGAGCCCCAUGCAUCGAUGCGUCCACGGAACAUUCGAUUCUCCCAAGCAGAAAACAUGACCCUUGUCUCCAAGCUGCUGCCACUAUAUGAGCAGUUACUGGGCAGGCAGAAAUCCACCAUGUCCUUCAACAGGAAGUCCCAGAUGUGGCAGGAGAUCUGUGAUGCUGUAAAUAGGGUAGGACACAGACAGCGUACUGUACAUCAUUGCAAAAAGAGAUUCAAUGACAUCAAGCGGCAAGUAAGGAACAAGCUGAACCGGGAGAAAAGCAAUGUGACCGAAGGAUCCCCUCCAAUCCAUGUCUAUUACACCAAGUAUGAGGAGGAACUUAAGAAGGUCCUACCGGCCGAAGUAAUUGAUGGAUUCGAGUUUUUCGAUUCAGAUCAACCUCAUGACCCGUACCUGGAGGAAGAGGCUGGGCCUUCAUGGUUUUCACAGCCUCAAGACAAAGAUCGGAGAAAGACAGACGUUUCACUUUCUGAUGCAGAACUCACAUUUUCUGUGGAUUCUGAACCAGAAGAAUCACCGGUUCAGUACAGCGAUCCUUUACAAGAGCAGUGGUCUAUUGUCACAGAUGUCACCCCAACAUACACUGUGGAUUCAAAUCCAUUAGGGCUCAAAAACAUGGCUGCAGAUUCUUCUAUUCUGCCGACUAAUGUUUCCACCAAGCCAAAAGCACGUGGCCUCCACAAAACAAGAUCUCUACAGUCAUCAAGUAAAAAUAUUAGCACUACACUUUGUCGAGCCCAAACUCCUACCAAAUAUCUAAAUAUCCUAAAGGCCAAUCAGCAUUUGUUUCGCAAGAGUAUGAUACAUGGACUAAAUGUUCUGCAUUUUGAUUUCUGCCAUUUCACCCAUCACAUCAAUACAAAUUAUGAUACUGCUAAGAAAAUGCUGCAAGUAGAAACCCAAAGAAAUCGUAUAUUGCUUCAGAUGAACAACAACAUUGACAGACUUGCUGAAAGUAUCCAGCUGCUGGCAAACCAGCAACAAAGUGAACGAGUCCUGGUGCAUGACUUUCUACAGGAACGAAGGUCAAGGUGGAACCAAACUGCCUCUCCAACAGAUGAAUUUCCUGCAGCUCCCAAUGCUCGAUAG